UGUCAGUAGCAGCCAGAUGGAAACGUAGGCAAGUGAAUUUGGUGAGGUCAUGUAUUUUUAAGCCGCACAACGGAAUAAAUCAUCCACCACCAGCGGCAUAAACAAAUAGUCUUCUCCAGAACAUUAUAUCGCUGAUCGCACCGCGGGGAAGCCGGUAGUUUGAUUUGAUUACGGAGAGGACAUUUUUGGAUGCACAAAAAGCAGUAAUCGAAGAUUUCGCCAUGAACAAAAACAAGAGGGAACGAGAGUUCUACAGCCUAGAUGUUGGGGAUUCGACAUUCACAGUCUUGAAACGUUACCAGAACCUAAGACCCAUCGGCUCUGGAGCACAGGGAAUCGUCUGCUCUGCUUACGACCAAAACCUUGAAAGGAAUGUUGCCAUCAAGAAGCUGAGUCGGCCGUUUCAGAAUCAGACCCAUGCUAAGAGGGCGUACAGAGAACUAGUCCUAAUGAAAUGUGUCAAUCACAAAAAUAUCAUUGGCCUAUUAAAUGUAUUUACACCACAAAAAUCAUUAGAAGAAUUCCAAGAUGUAUACUUGGUGAUGGAGCUGAUGGAUGCCAACCUGUGCCAGGUCAUUCAGAUGGAGCUGGAUCAUGAGAGGCUGUCCUACCUACUCUAUCAGAUGUUGUGUGGUAUCAAACACCUCCAUGCUGCUGGCAUCAUUCACAGGGACCUCAAGCCCAGUAACAUUGUUGUGAAGUCAGAUUGUACGCUGAAGAUUCUGGACUUCGGCCUGGCUCGGACCGCCGCCACGGGCCUGCUAAUGACACCGUAUGUGGUGACGCGCUACUACAGAGCACCGGAGGUUAUCCUGGGCAUGGGCUACCAGGCCAAUGUGGAUGUAUGGUCAGUGGGCUGCAUAGUGGCCGAGAUGAUCCGGGGUAGCGUGUUGUUCCCCGGCACUGAUCACAUUGACCAGUGGAACAAGGUGAUCGAGCAGCUUGGCACUCCAUCUCAGGAGUUCCUAAUGAAGUUGAACCAGUCAGUAAGAACCUAUGUAGAGAACAGGCCGCGCUACGCCGGAUACAGCUUCGAGAAACUCUUCCCCGACGUGCUCUUCCCUGCUGACUCUGAACACAAUAAACUGAAAGCGAGCCAAGCGAGGGAUCUCUUAUCCAAGAUGUUAGUCAUUGACGCCUCAAAGCGCAUUUCCGUCGACGAGGCCCUGCAACACCCCUACAUUAAUGUUUGGUACGACCCAGCUGAAGUGGAGGCGCCCCCUCCGAAGAUCACAGACAAACAGCUGGACGAGAGGGAGCACACUGUGGAAGAGUGGAAAGAUCUGAUUUAUAAGGAAGUGUGUGAAUGGGAGGAGUGGACGAAAAAUGGAGUGAUCAGAGGUCAGCCACCUCCUUUAGGUGCAGCAGUGAUCGACAGCUCCCCUCAGCCCGCAUCAUCCUCCUCCUCGGCCAACGACGUCUCGUCCAUGUCCACGGAGCCCAGUGACCCGAGCAGUGACCCCACCAUGACCUCUGACACAGAGAGCAGCCUGGACAGCCACACCUCCCUUGGCGCUCUCGGCUGCUGCAGAUAACAUACACACACAAACAUACAUAUGCACACAUGCACAUAAACAUACGCAAACACAAACACAAACACAAACACAAACAAACAGCCCUGUCCCUCACUUUUGCACCUACAAGUACAAUAAGUUUCACGGGGAUAGGGUUUAGGCCAAUGGAACUUCUCAUGUUAGUUUGUAGAGCUAUGCUUUUUAUGUACAGUUUGUUUUUAUUUACUCCUCCCCCUCUCUCCCCAUACUGCUGUAAAUGAUUGUGGUUUGAAAUUGUAUUAUUAUUUUUGCUGCAAAGAAUCAAGAGUAUGUUUUUUGAUGUGAAUCUGUGAUGUAUGUUCUGAAAGGGAGGGAACUGAGUGUACUGUACACAUUGCUGUUUUUAAGCUACUGCUAUACAGUGGAAUACCAUACUGUUAGCAUUACAAGAUUAAUUAUGUUUAAUAUAUUUUUAAAUUGUUCAUUUAGCAUUUUUGUAUUUCUGGGACAUUUGAAUGAAUCUAUACUAAAUCUCUCUCUCUAUAGCUCAGUAGGGUAUAACACACAUCAUCUUGGAUAUUAAUGCAAAUGGAUGAUUUUAUUUUCAGAUUUUUUUUCCUGUCUUUCUUGUAGAAAGUAUCCUUCAGUGAAUCCAAGUUAACUUAUUUGUUAGUAUUACGUCAUCUCUGAUUAUGUGAACCUUGAGAAACUGACUAUUUUGUCUUCACUCAGCUGUUCUAUUUCCCUGACUUUUAACUGCUUUUUUUACUAUGGCAUACUGUAAGGCUGACUGUAUUUUAACUUGUUUAUUUAUUUAACCAUAAUUCAUAGGUGAUGGUCUGUGUGAUGAGGAAGAACAGGGUGAAUGUAAGAUAGGAGAACAGUGGCACAGUAAUGGUUGCGAUAAGCAUUGUAACAAGCUGAUGUAGGCCACUCCAUUGGCUAGAAUAAGUGCUGUAUUUGAGGAAUGGACUGUUACCGGGGACUAAGCCUAAAUUAGUCACUUUACCCUCUUGGUAGGUUCUUUCAGACCUUUUGAUUUACAGCUAUCUGAUAAUAUUUGAUUUGAUUUAAGUGCCCUUACUCAGUUCAGUGAUUUUAUGUCCUCUCUGUGGCAGAUGCUCCCGUCUCUGUGGUGCGUCUUUCUUAGUUCUACCUCACACAUGCACAUGCACACCCUCAAACACACAAACACACACAUACACACAACAUGUUUCUGGAGAUAUGUAUAUCAUGGCACACAACCUCUGAAAGAACUGCGAAAAAAAGAUCUAGUUUUUCUGUAUUUGUGUAUUUAUUUAUUUAUUUAUUUGAAGCUAGGAGGCGGCUAUUGUAUGUAAUGUACAUUUCAUUCAAAAGUACUAUUUAUAUGCAUUUUUUUUCAUUGUUUUCUGUGCAAUAUAAUUCAUAGAAUAGUAUAGGUAGUCAGUGAUUGAUCUGUACAUUUUAACUGUAGAUGUAUGUAUGUUUUCUGAGAGUCAGAAAACAAUUUGCUACCUGCCAUGAUUACCAUUGGAUGUAUUUGAUGGCUCAAAUUCCCAGCCUGUCCCAUUGCCCUUAUCAUGGCUGGGCAUUUCCCUUGACUACAGCCAGGCAGUAACCCCUAGCAUCAGCUCCCAGAAUGCAUUUUUGGGGAUUGUGAUGCAUGUCCUGACCCUUCCUGGGCUGUAUCUGAAUAGGCUGUUGUGGCUUCCUCUCCUCGUGAUUUUCUCUCCUCCCAUCUCCUCACAAUAGAAAAGAUAGGAUAGACAACAAUGCAUGAGUUUUCUUUGAGCAAAUUUGGUUUAGUGUGGGUACAUCCAGAGAAAAGGAGAGCAAGCCAUUCAGCACAAUUGGGAUGAUGCUGUAGUCUUCUGAUGGUUUGGCCAAAUGCUGACAGUAAAGAGUUAACCUGUUGUGGUGUACUUUGGUAAGGCCAGUUGUGUGAAUUUUAGCCUUUGGAUCUGAAAUUGCCUCACUAACAGACCAAUAAUAUACAUCAGAAAUGGAAACUGUCUACCUUCAACUCCGGCAAAUAAAAGAGUUGAAUUUUAA